UCUUCUUUUUUCUCGCCUCACCCGCACCAGAUUGCUUGUACGAAUCUAGACAAGAUGCCUGGCGCAGUAUCCAACGCCCCACACAAGCGUGUGCUUUCAGAAGCCAGCAGCACUCGCGCCAAUGUGCAGGCGUCGCCCCGUUCCGCGAAGAAGCUCAAACUCGACGAUGGUAGCAUGAAAAAUGGCCGGGCCCCCGUUCGAUCGGCCAAUGUGUCUUUCAACAGCAGCCAGCCGCAGAAGAGUCGGUUCGAGGAGGAGGUGUUGGAGCAGAUGUCCCAGGACAUUGAGACGUUGAAGCACACAAACUCGGAGAAGGACCAACAAUGGAGUCGGCCGUCGUUGCCAGCCGAUUUCGAUGAGACUACACACAAAUUGGUAUUUCAGAAUAUCGAAGCUGAGGAAGGCGUUCUCAAUGGUGGGAAGGCUACCGUGAAGCUGUUUGGUGUAACAGAGGAUGGACAUUCUAUCAUGCUACACGUUACCGGUUUCCUACACUACUUCUACAUCGCCGCACCCAUGGGCUUUCAAGCAAGCGAUUGCAAUGCGUACAAGAACUACCUCGAAGCCCAGUGCCAAAAGAGUUUCAACUCCCAUUCCGCUGUUAUACAUUCUGUACAGAUGACGAUGAGGGAGAAUAUUCUGCGCUUUCAGGGAAACCAGAAGAGUCCAUACCUCAAAAUCACCGUGAACGACCCCAAGUUCAUUGCGCGCGUGCGGAGACUCGUACAAGGGAAGGAGGCCAACUGGAAAGGAAUGUGGCCUGACGUCGAGGGUGGAAUUCUCACAUUCGAUAACAUCAUAUAUGUAUUGCGUUUUAUGAUUGACACAAAGAUCUCGGGCAUGUCUUGGGUCGAGGCUCCAGCCAGCAAAUGGAAGCUAAUACAUCCGUCUGAGCGCCAUUCCAAUUGUCAAAUCGAAGCUCAGAUGCACUAUUCGGAUCUGAUUGCGCAUCCUUCUGAUGGGGAAUGGGCCAAAAUCGCCCCUCUUCGUGUGCUGUCCAUGGAUAUCGAGUGCGCUGGUCGCAAAGGUGUCUUUCCUGAGGCGGAAGUCGAUCCCGUCAUUCAGAUUGCGAAUGUUGUCACUCGCUACGGAGAGGAUAAACCAUUCAUUCGCAACGUGUUUUGCUUGGAUACCGUCAAUCCCAUCGCCGCCACCCAGAUUCUCUCCUUUCGCAACGAGCGGGAUAUGUUGUUGAAGUGGCGUGAUUUCCUCCAAGAGGUCGACCCGGAUGUCAUAAUCGGGUACAAUACUUCGAACUUUGAUUUUCCAUACCUUCUCGACCGUGCUAAGCACCUCAAAGCCACCGGCUUCAAUUACUGGACUCGUUUAAAGAAUCAGGUCACCUCGCAUGAGAGCUCCAAGUUCUCGAGCAAGCAGCUGGGCAGCCGUGACACGAAGAACACCAACACCAACGGUCGUCUGCAACUGGACUUACUACAACUUGUCCAACGUGACUACCAACUCCGAAGUUAUACCCUCAAUUCAGUGUGCGCUCACUUUUUGAAAGAGCAGAAGGAAGAUGUUCACCACAGCAUGAUUACUGAACUAUACAAUGGCGACGCUAAUUCGAGACGAAGGUUGGCAGUUUAUUGUUUGAAGGAUGCUUAUCUGCCGCAGCGGCUGCUAGAUAAACUCAUGUGUCUGGUCAACUACACUGAAAUGGCCAGGGUCACAGGUGUCCCCUUUAGCUACCUCCUCAGUCGAGGUCAGCAGGUUCGAUUCAUCAGUCAGCUUUUUCGAAAGGCUCGUGAGCACCAGCUGCUCAUUCCCGACAUACCGAACCAAGGUGGCAGUGAAGAUCAAUACGAAGGUGCCACCGUCAUCGAGCCCCACCGCGGAUACUACAAGAUGCCUAUCGCAACCCUCGAUUUUGCUUCGCUGUAUCCCAGUAUCAUGCAAGCACACAAUCUGUGCUACACAACUUGGCUUACCCGCGACACUGUCGAGAAACUCAAGAUGAAGAAAGAUGAGGAUUACAUUGUGACACCGAACGGCGAUCUCUUUUGCACCGCUAAGGUUCGCAAGGGGCUUCUCACCGAAAUUCUCGAAGAGCUGUUGGGCGCACGUAAAAGGGCAAAAAAGGACCUGGCAACCGAGACUGACCCUUUCAAGAAGGCCGUGUUCAAUGGCCGACAACUGGCGUUGAAAGUCAGCGCCAAUUCCGUAUACGGUCUGACGGGUGCCACUACUGGUAAAUUGCCUUGUCUUGCUAUCGCCAGUAGCACAACGAGUUUCGGUCGUCAGAUGAUUGAAAAAACGAAAGCAGAGGUGGAAGCCAAAUAUAACAUCAAGAAUGGAUAUAGCCACGACGCAGAAGUCAUAUAUGGUGAUACGGAUUCCGUCAUGGUGAAAUUUGGCACCGAGGAUCUAGCAGAGGCAAUGAAGCUAGGCGAAGAAGCUGCCGAUUACGUUUCAGGGAAGUUCAUCAGACCCAUCAAACUUGAGUUCGAGAAGGUCUACUAUCCAUACCUUUUAAUCAACAAGAAGCGCUAUGCUGGCUUGUUCUGGACGAAUCCAAACAAGUGGGACAAGAUGGACACCAAGGGUAUCGAGACCGUACGUCGUGACAACUGCCGCCUUGUUCAGACCGUCAUUGAAACCUCGCUCCGCAUGCUACUGAUCGAUAAGGACCCCGAGGGGGCACAAGAAUUUGUGAAAGAUACAAUCUCCGAUCUCCUACAGAACAAGAUCGAUAUGUCCAAUUUGGUGAUUACAAAGGCAUUGACGAAGCAAGAGAAAGAAGACGGCACUGGCGGGUAUGCCAACAAGCAGGCACACGUCGAGCUUGCCGAGCGCAUGAAGAAACGCGAUGCAGGAUCUGCGCCUGCCCUGGGAGACCGGGUUGCCUAUGUCAUGGUUAAAGGUGCCACUGGCGCCAAAAGCUACGAGAAAUCAGAAGAUCCCAUCUUCGUUCUGGAGCACAACCUACCCAUCGACACCAAGUACUAUCUGGACAACCAGCUGGCAAAACCGCUUGGUCGUAUCUUCGAACCUGUCAUCGGCGAGAAGAAAGCAAGCUCCCUUCUCACGGGUCAGCACACGCGCACCAUUUCCGUGGCGGCGCCCACCAUGGGCGGAUUGAUGAAGUUCGCCAAGAAGACGGCCACCUGCAUGGGCUGCAAGAAGCCUCUGACCAGUGCUGUUGAGAAGGACGGUGCUGUGUGCGAGAACUGCCGUCCUCGUAUUGGCGAGCUGUACCAAAAGACAUUGACCAAAGUCAGCGAGCUUGAAGUGCGCUUCAACAGACUUUGGACGCAGUGCCAGCGGUGCCAGGGUAGUCUGCAUUGCGAGGUUAUAUGUGCGAGUCGGGAUUGUCCCAUUUUCUACAUGCGUAUGAAAGCGAGGAAAGAUGUGGAGGACGCAGGAAAAGAGAUGAUCAGGUUCGACAAUGAUGCCGCGCUGUGGUAA